AUGCCGAUAAACUAAUCAAGUUCGAACAAACUAUAAAUUUCAAUCAUUAUUUCUUUGCUCUUUCAAUUUAUAAGAGUGGCCAUCUAAUAUUAGGAUUUAAAGAAUUAAUAUAUUAACUUUUUGAUGAUUAAUUUGUUAGUCUAGAUAGCUUUGGAAUUAUUGUGUUUCAAAAAGAAAAGCUUAUUCUAAACAGAAAUCAAACUUGCUCUUAUUUUAAUGGAUAUUAUUUUAUUUUAUGUAGAAUCAUUUAUGUAUGGUGUAGAUAAUGUUUAUCAAGUUUAUUUUUAUAUAGAAAUUGUGCAUAAAGAGACAGACAUCAAGAUAAGUUUAACUAAUAGUCGAAUAUGGAAGACAAUUAGGAUUUUUUUUUUUAUAAUACUACUUUUGAGUUUUACAUAUUAAUUAAAUUUAAUUAGUAGCAUAUCACAUUAGAACAAUUAAUAAUAUAUUGUAAUUGCAAAUCAAAAAUUAUAUAUGCUGCUUUUAAUGUGGUUACUCCCUUAAAAAAAUAUCAUUUAAAUACAAAAGCCCAAUCAGUCAACUGUGAAUGGAUAUCAUGAAACUCCCUUUGAUACAUUCCAAAAUACAACUGUUCGCUAAACUCAAACGAAAAUAAAUCCUAAAAGAACUAUAAUCAAAGAUUUAAGUUUUAUCAGUACAGAUAAGCAAUAAAAAAUUCAAAUAAAUGAUGCGCUCUCACAAAUUGAUUAUAGUUUAUUAUUUGAUGUCCUCUCUGAAGGUGUCAUAAUAGUUUAAUUUGGAAAAUUUGAUCAUGUUUCUAUCUCAAAACCCAGAAUUGAAUAUUAAAAUUAAAUCAGCAAAAAGAUUUUUCAAAAAAACAACCAUGAUUUAUUGACCCUUUUUGAAUAGUUACCUUGUGAAAUAUUUAGGGAUGAAUCCCCGCUUUAUCCUAGAGAUUCCUAAUUUUCAUUGUAAAGUCUGAAUUAGCAAUAAAAAAAAUAUCUUAAAAAUUCAAAGAUGAAUUUCUUUAAAUAUUACUCUUAAGAUUAACACAUUACCUUAAGAAAUACCGAAUAAAGUCAAUCUCCAAGAUAUAGAUCAAUGACUAGUUAAGCUAACACUAUCUAUAAAUGUUUGCUUUAUGUGUUUGGAGCAAAAAAGCUCAGAAGAGAGACUGUUGAAAAUGCACCAGUAUUGGUUGUUGAAACAAGUUUUGAAAUUGAGAAUACAAAAAGAUCAAUAGAAAUAAGUAUUUCAAUCGCAAGUGAAGAUUUAUUAUUCAUAAUUGCGAGAGAUGUUAUUCAUAGAAAGAAUAUCAAGGAACUUCUUCAAAUUAAUCAAUCUAAAUCUAAAACCUUAGCUUUUGUAAGUCACGAAUUCAGAUCUCCGCUAAAUGUAGUUAUUAAUAUAUUAAGUAGACUUAAAGAAUAGCUAAGCAAUUUUGAUUAUAUCUGUCAGAAUAUUUCAAUUGUAUUGGAAAACUCUAAUUAUAUGUUAAAUUUAGCUAACGAUUUACUUGAUUUAGCUUAAAUUAAGGCGGAUAAAUUUAGUUUAAUAUAAAAAACAUUCAAUUUAACUGAAUUAGGAGAAGAGUGCUUAUAGAUGUUUAAACUUCAAGCGGAAUUAAAAAACAUUAAGUUGAAUGUUAUUUCAAAUGUGAAAUGUCUCCAAAUCAAAACGGACAGAAAUAGACUUAAAUAAAUCCUAGUCAAUCUUAUUGCAAAUGCUCUAAAAUUUACUUAAAAAGGAGCCAUAUCAAUCAAAUUAGUUUUAUAAGGAUUAUUAGUAAGUGCUGGAGUUGAAGAUACAGGAGUUGGAAUAUCCUAAAAUAAUUUAACAAAACUCUUCAAAGCUUUUGGUAAAAUUAAAGAAGGACUCUCUGAGAAUCUAAAUGAACAAGGAGUUGGACUGGGUCUACUGAUAAGUAACAAAUUAGCUCAAUAAUUAUCUCAUGAUAACUCUGGAUUGAAGGUAAUUUCUCAAGAUACUUCUUAAGCAAAGCAUGGAUCUUACUUUUACUUAACAUUAAGAAUUCAAUAAUUACAUCACAAGUGUCCUUGUGUUAAGCCCGAAUAAAUAUACUUGGAAGAUGAAUAUACGCCAUGCUUAAACGAAAUUAGAUUAAAUAACUAGACAGCUUAGACUUAAUAAUAAUAUUAAAUAAAUAUAAAUCGUGAAUAUUAAAGUAUCUCACAAUCUAUUGAAAAUAAAAAUGUAGUUUAAGACAAUCAAAAUGAAUGUAAACAUAUUUUGAUAGUUGAUGAUAAUGUGUUUAAUUAAUAAGUAUUAGAAAUGUAAAUUAAGCAAUUUACAAAUUCUUAGAUAGAUAAAGCCUUUAAUGGAACUGAUGCACUAGAUUAGGUUAUGUCAAAAAAAUGUUGUGAAUCUUGCAAAGGUUAUAUAGCUAUAUUUAUGGAUAUGGAAAUGCCAGGGUUGAAUGGUAUCCAAACCUCCGUUUAGAUAUUAAAGACUUAUUUGCAAAUGAAAAUAUUUAUCACUUCUGGGUAUGAUGAAAAUAUACUCAAAGACCAGGGUUAAAACAUUGGAAUCAAAGAGUUUUUAGUUAAACCAAUCUCUAAACAAUUAAUUGAAAAAGUUAUUAGAGAUUACAAUCUAUGA